GGGGCUAAAGUCACGUGAUCUAGGCAAAGCCAAACUGACCAAUUCCAAUAUGGUGGCCAGCCUAGCAGGUCUACGGUUCCUGUUGAUGGUAGUGUUGUUCUGCGGAAUCAGGUACGGCGCCUGCAGCCAGAAAGCUCCGCAGGUUUUGGGGCUGCGGCUGGAAGAACCAGUGGAUCCGCUGUGCAUGAAGGGUCGUAUCAUUUCAGCACCAAAAGGAGCCACGUUUAAGCUCCGUGUCUUCGGGUUUAAUCUGAAUGGAAGCUUGCCAUGGGUCGCGUUCGCAGGAGCAGCUGGCGGAGCGGCUGGGGCUGUCGGUGAUACACCGGACCCUUGCGAGGAGCAGUUCAACCGCCAGGACUCCAAGUUAAAGGUGACCAAUUUAGAACUCGACGAUGCGCACAGCGUGCUUCUAACUGUGGAGGUUAGCACCUCUGAGGGGGAAGCUGGCAACGAGCAGACCUACUACCACCUGUGUGUGCGGAGUGGAGAGACAUGGACAUCUGCGGGCCUGGACAGACUGCGAAUAAACACUGACACGGAUCUGCCAGCAGACUACAUCCCGCCGUGGGGUCUGGCCGUACUGAUAGUGCUUGUGCUUAUGAUCUGCGGAUUGCUGAGGACGGUGAACUUGAGCCUUUUGUGGCUGGACCCAGUCGAGCUUUAUGUCCUACACAGCUGUGGAUCCGAGGAGGAGAAACGAGCCGCCAAACGGCUGGAGCCGAUCAGGAGAAGGGGGAACUUCAUGGCAUGUUCUUUGUUGUUCCUGUGUGCUCUGGGGCAUUCUGUCCUCGGUGUGCUCCUGUACCGGGCACUGGGCUCCAUCGUCUCUGCUGUGUUCAACAGCGGCUUCCUUAUCUUCUUCCUAGCUGAGCUGGCUCCUCACAUCUUGUGCUCAGGUUACGGCUUCCAGCUGGCGCCUGGUCUGACCUGGCUGGCCCAGGUUUGCAUGGUGCUUACCUGCCCCCUGUCUUGCCCUCUGGGCCUGAUUCUGGAUCUGGGGCUGAGGAGAGACAUCAGUACCUGUGGGAUAAGGGAGAGGGCCAUGGAGAUGGUACGGGCAAACGUGAAUGAUCCUUACAGUGAGUUUGUAAAGGAGGAGUUCAGUCGUGGGACAUUGCGCAUUAAGACCGUGGAGGACAUCUUGACACCUCUGAAAGACUGCUUCAUGCUGCCUAGCUCGGCUGUCCUAGACUUCUCCACUAUGUCUGAGAUCAUGCAGAGUGGUUACACCCGUGUGCCCAUUUAUGAGGAAGAGAGGUCUAACAUUGUGGAAAUCCUUUAUGUGAAAGACUUGGCUCUGGUUGAUCCAGAAGACUGCACCCCAAUGACGACUAUCACCAAGUUCUACAAUCACCCUCUGCACUUUGUGUUCAAUGAUACCAAACUAGAUGCCAUGUUGGAGGAAUUCAAAAAAGGCAACUCUCACAUGGCCAUCGUCCAGAAGGUGAACAAUGAGGGAGAGGGAGAUCCUUUCUAUGAGGUGCUGGGUUUGGUCACUUUAGAAGAUGUCAUAGAGGAGAUCAUCAAGUCAGAGAUCCUGGAUGAAUCUGAUGGCUACUUAGACAGGAAAGUAAAGCGUCCCCUCACUCCACUGGAGAUUCCUCUGGAGCCUCGCAGCACCCAUGAGGAGUUUUCUCUUUUCAAGCCUCCUGAAGGAGAACCCAAGAUCCGAACUUCACCACAACUCCUGCUAGCCACACACCGCUUCCUGUCCAGAGAAGUGGAACACUUCAGCCCAGCACGUGUAUCUGAGAAGGUCCUGUUCCACCUGCUCCGUCACCCCAGUGUCAACCAGGAAGUGCACUUUGACCCUAACAACCGUCUGAGCCCAGCACACUAUCUUUACACCCGCAACCACCCAGUGGACUAUUUCAUCCUUCUGCUGCAGGGCCGCGUUGAAGUGGAGAUUGGCAAAGAGGGGCUGAAAUUUGAAAAUGGAGCAUUUACAUACUAUGGCGUGUCUGCUUUGACGCUGCCAUCUUCAGUGCACCAGUCUCCGGUGUCAACUCAGCGUCACUCUCCCAGGGAUCCUUUUGAGUCAGCAGAAGCCACAAGCCCGUCCAGCUAUUGCCCCGACUACACCGUCCGAGCUCUCACGGACCUCCAGCUCAUACGAGUGACACGUCUACAGUAUCUCAACGCUCUCAUGGCGUCACGCGCUGGCCAGAGUCCAGAUCCACCUGAGAUCAAGAUUUUGCCGAACAGUCAGACCAAGCUGCUCAAUGACAGAAACACCACGCAAGAGUUCCCUGUAAACUUUUCAUUCUUUGAUACCAUUGAGAACUACUGUUAACACUUUUGUUUUGUUGCAUGAGAUUCCACAGGUGGCACCAGAGCCCAGAAGAGCUCCCCAGAAGAUGAGGCUCACGGGUAGUGCAGUUUCUGUCAGCCUGUUGUUUGGGGGGGAAGCCCUCCUCCAACCAAGUAGAGAUUGGUUUUGUUUUUUUAUAUCAUUGUUUGUAAUUAUUGAUAAAUCAUCUAUGGCUGGAACCUAGUUAUUGGACAAGACUGGAGUGGAAGUGCUUUUUGUCUUUUAUGUACAUCUACUGUUCACACUGUUCAUUUCCACCCACAUUCCUUUAUGUGCUUACUAUUGGAAUUAUUAUUUUAUGCAAUUUUUAAUAACUUUGGACUAUGUGUGUGCAUGUUUAUGUAUAUACAAAUAAAAAUGUGGUAUAGCAGGAAAAAGUAUAUGGAUCCUUUGGAAUGACCUUGUUUCUAUUGGGAUUCAUUAUAAAGUGUCAUCUGAUCAUCUUCUUUGCCAGAAGCGCAAUGUGCUUCAAUCAGCAAUACAAAACUGUGUGUCUGAAAGAAGAGCUUCCUGUAGCUGCAGGUCAAACUUGCACUGAAUUACGGAAAACUCUUUCCCUGCAUUUUUUUUGUUGUUGUUAUUUUAAAAACUGGGCUGAUACAAAAUGCAAAUAUCUCCAAAGGGUUCCAUUGCUGUUUCUUGCCCUUGAGUAUACAUUUUAAUCUGGUGGUGCCUUACUUCCAGAUUGAGCCUUCUGUACUAAACUUGUUUUGCCAUUCCUUACUUGCGUGUGUGUGUGUGUGCGUGCGUGCGUGCGUGCGUCCCUUUGAGACAUUAAAAACACUCGAUAGUGGGUUCUAAGCAGAUUUGCACCUUACAUUUGUGCACUGUGGAAGAUGUUAAACUAUUUGGUGAGAUGCGAGGUACGUCCGAAUUUUUUCAAUUCAUUUAACAUUGAUGCCAUACUCUGUGUGUGUGUGUGUGUGUGUGUGUGUGCGCGUGCGUGCGUCUUUGAUCUUUCAGUCGCUCAUGGAUGGUUUUCUAGGGUCUGGUUCUACUACCAUAGACCUUGGAUCUGUAGCAAAGAUUUCUUGAAGCUUGACUGAUUUUUCACAAAUUCUGGAUAUAAUGUUUUGUCAGGGUAGAAAACAUGGCUAAAACAGCACCGGCCUUUUGAAAGAAUUCUAGAAACAUUUUGUUCAGUAUAGGGGUUAACAGUGUAGACCUGUAGAGCUCAGGUGCUGUUGAUUGUUACUAUAUACAUAGAAGUGACUGACCUUUCUGCUAGUUUAUCCCGUUGUUCUCUUUUUUUUCCCCCCAAACUGGCAAGUCAAAUUGAAACAUGCCUUACUGUGAGACAAAAUACAGUGUGGUUUCUCCAAAAAAAAAAAGAAUAUAAGGACAGAACUAUAAUUCAAUAUGAAACUGAGGAUGAAAAGAUGCAAAAGGAUUUCCAAAUUGACGUCACAAGCUGAUAAACUGUUAUUUGACAUAUCUUUUAUUACUUCACAUCACACAUUCACCAUAAAGACUCUGACAUGAUGGAAUGGAGAUUUGAUAGUCUAAGAGAGGGAAUUUUAUUUGGCACCCCACAGUUAGACAUCUUACAGUGUUACUGUUUAAAGGGACCUUAACACAAGACUAAACACCUGUUAGUGUUAAUAAUGUUUGAGACCUUUGUCGACAUCAAGAUUAGAGUGCACUGAUUUCUAUAGCCUUUCUGCUGUGAUUGGUUAUUAUGCCUUCAGGCAUGUGUGAUUGAGUAUGUGUGAUAAAUUCAGAGAAAAGGACUAUAGAAAUUCAACCAAUAUAGAGGUCCUUGCAUGACGUCUAGCAAAAGGCCAACAGCACACCUAACAGGGGUUCUUUUUUCCCGACAAAUUCUGAUUGGUCGAAGAAUUGGCUUUUACAGAAAGACUGCCACUACAGACUUUACCAUAAAGGGGAAGAAAUCCAGAAAGUAUCAAAGCUAAAAAAAAAUACUAAUGAGAUGCAUAGACAUUUAUAUGAACAAAUUAUAUAUAUCCAAAUAUAGACAAUUUUGAGGGGUUUUUUUUAGGUUGUUAUUUUUUCCCCACUCAGUCUCUAAACAAAACUCCAGACUCGUGGUUUGUACUUGUACUUUGACUUUUGAUACUUUGUACUUCUGCUCCAAACUUUAGGUUGCAGCUUUUUAAGUCUCACCUACUUAGCUGCUAUUACCAGGCCAAGGAGGUGAGACUAUGUUGUUAUCUUUUGCAUCUCUGCAGGCUUAAUUCAGAAACAUUGAGUACUGAAAGAGCUAGAGAUUUUUGUUGAAUUCUUUUUAAAGAUUGGUGUAACUUAUGUGACCAUACAAUGCCUUUAGAUAAACAAAAACAUCCAUCAUGUCUAAAAGGACCUGUGGAAACACCAGUUGGAACAAUAGACCGUAUAGAUGAUAUGGAAUUGAGACAGAUCACAUUACUACCUUGUCAAUCACUCUAACAUUUUGACUCUAAUGGAGACCGUAAUUUCUUUUUAUAGGACUUGAAACCAUAAAAGGAGACCAUAAAGUCAUCAGGAAAAGCAAGAUUUAAUAUAAAGUUGUGCAAUCAGAUCUGUGACACAGAAAUGGGACAUGUUUCUAUUGUUGCUGUUCCUAGUGUUCCUUAAGUAAGUUCUAAUAUACAUGCUGUGAUGCUUCUACGAGUAGGUCUGCUUUUCAUAAGUCAUGUAAACUUAAGACUUAUGAAAAGCAGACCUACUUAAACUUAAGAGCAUACAGUAAGCAGCACAGCACAGAGCACUGUGGUUAAGUAGAGGGUCUGCUCCCUGCACUGUUCCCAGUGUGUCGUCUAAUCCUUGCAACUGGAAAUCAGAUUGGCACUGAAAGGGUGAAUGUGGUGAAAUGUUGUUUCUAAUAUUGUUUAACUGCAGUUGCCCUGUAGUUAAACAAGAUUAGAUUGAACAAAUCCCAAGCAUUUGUUUGUGCUUCAGAAGCACCUUUAAGAACCUUAUUUCCCACCUCUUUGAAUUAUGAUGGCAUUCCUGUGUGUGUGUGUGUGUGUGUGUGUGUGUGUGUGUGUGUGUGUGUGUGUGUCCCCGUAUGAGUUCAACGCAGUAUGUCACCUGUAGACCAUGAAAAACAUCCAGUCUGCACUGUAGUAUUCAUUAUCCAGUAUGCUGACAGUCUAAAAUACAUUUGAAAUGUCUGUCAGUCAUUGUUGCAUGUGUGUAAACAUGUGAGAAAGGUCAGAAGUGGCUUCUAAAUAAUCCCUGUGUUGAUGAUAAAAUAUUAAUGAUAACAAGGAAGGACAGGAAGAGUCAGUCUUAUAAUGGAAAGCUUUCACUGCAUAAUUAAAUAAAUGGAACUAGAUGAAACAAAGCAGUGGGAUAUAAAACAACAUCUUAUUCUUCAUUGUAGGACCUAUUAUCUCAUUCAUAGAGGAAAUUAACUCAAAGGGAGCAAAUACAGUUUUGUGAGGUGAUGGAAAGUGAAUUGGCAAUGGCCAAACUUAUGAGGUGAAUUGUCAGAAAAUCAAAAUGAAUCAGUGAAAGCACAAACGGGUACAGGUUCAUCUUAUGUUUAUAUGACAAUCACAGUUGAGAUGAAAGAGUUCCAAAAAGGCCCAGCAAUCUUUAGUUUGGGAAUGGCUGCUAUAUUGUAUAAGGUAGAUUUUAAAAUCUAAAUCUAACCCUUAAAGGAUAAUUCUAGUUAAUUUCAACCUAGCUUACAUCCCAGUAAUUUGGCUCAAUGGCUCAUGCUAACUUUACCUUGUCAACUCCAUUGUAGAGGUGGCAGUGUGAGAAGUUGCACAAGAAGUCAGCAAAGUUGUUUCUUUACAUUGUGUUGAUGACUAUAACCGAUUUUUAGAAACUGUUUUAAAUUACAGACAUUUAACUCAUUUUAAAUGUCUCCUUUCAAUUUUUCAGAUGCACGGGUGCCAACUUAACCUGAGAAUUCAUGGCCCAUUAAGCCAUUUCAAUAGGAAACACACCAUGUUAAUCAUUACAUAAUCAACCUAGUGUAUUUCCCACAUUGGUGUGCAGGGUUGCUUAGGAGUCGGCGCUGUCAGCUGUGACACAGUGUGUUUCUUUGUGUUUCAGAUCCAUGUAUGUUAGAUUCAGUCUGUGCACAUGUAUGCGUUAUUAUUCAAGUGUAUUGCCAUAUUCCAGCAGAAUCCCAGAUUCCCUGAUAAUGGGAUUGUGAGUAAAUAUUUUUUUCAGCAGUUUGCUCAUUUUUUGUUCUAAAAAAGUUGAUUUCUAUCAAAAGAUUGAAUGUAAAAAGAUAAUCCUGAUUUUGUGCGACUUGGGCAGUUUGCUGAUGUUAAGAAUGAUGUAUUACUAAAUGACUACUUGGAGUAUAAAUCUAGGAAAUAUUUUAUAGGUAAUCAGUCUUAGUUUCCAGGUACAAUACUGUUACCAGACGAGUUAUUGAGAAUUAAAUAGUUCUCGCUCUCUCUCGCUCGCUCGCUCACUCUGUUACAUUUGUAUAGAACUUCUAAAGUUAUUUUUGAUGGUUUGUUUUUUCUGGAAUGCUGCCAGUAUUGGGUAUAUUGGGACUCCAUUGAAUUUAACACUUUCAAUAAUUUCUUAAGAAAUAAAGUCAAUCCUGUUCUGAACAUGUUAA